AUGCUGCGCAAGAAGGAGACCUACACGGUCGUUACACCGAUUCCGACUUAUAUCCCCCGACAACUGGCGAUUGAUAUUCUGCAAUCGCACAGCGAAGUCAUUGCGCUGAAUCCGCUAGUCCUCAGUCACAAGCCGAUCUCCGCGCCUCGCAAUGCCGCCGCCGACGAAUACUACAGCACCUGGUACGAAAUCACACAGAGAGUGCAAUUCAUCCCCGGCAUGGGCAAGAUGGGGUCCGGCCAGAUUACGUUUAAUGGCUGUUUCCAUGACAUGCCAUGGGGCCUGCAAACUCACAUCUACGCGCCCUUAAGCGUGGACUUGCGCAACAAGUACCGCAUUGGCGGCAACCAGCCGGGCGUCGAGCCACCAGAGCAGCGCGAGCUUGGCAUGGAAAACCUGGGGAUCCCUUCGAACGGCCUAUACCUGCGCCAAGAGGCCGAAAUCAAAUGCAACAUUGCCAUGAUGAGCUUUGUAAAGUCGGAGCUUCAAAAGGCCUGCAAGGACAUGGUCGAUCGCAUCAUCAAAAAGGCCGAGCUGCUGGAUUCUGGUGCCCUGCAAGCAAUGUUUGAGAAUGGAAAGCUCAAGACGGUCAACCCCAACGACCGGUCCAAUCUACCCGACGCACACGGCAUGGCGAGGGGCUCCACGCCGCUCUCGCCCACAGGCAGCUUCGCAUCGCCAAGGAUGGGCCACACCUCGACGUUUUACAGCCCAGACGCUGUGUCGCACGGCGCUCCUCAAUCACCGCCUCCACCUCAGCACUCCCCGCAGCAAUACGUCCAUAGCUUUCAUGCACCACCUGCGCCCCCGAAGGAGCACUCCAUGGUGCUCGAGCUCCCCGGCGACUACAUGCAUAUGAACUCCGGCGGCAUUCCUUCGCCCCAGCCCAGCCCUGCACUGCAGCAGUCUCAGAGGUCGUCAAUGACUCCAUCAGACCCUCGUUGGUCCCAAAACCUGCAAAGUAGCGACAUGAACAACCGCAUGAGCGCGAGCUCAUCGACGGGUAGCGUUGGAGGACAGCCUCCGAGGCAGAGCUACGCAGCAGAAUUGGCUACGCACAAUGAGACGCGAGGGGAACACCGCUAG